AUGGCUUCGUCGGCGGUGAGCCAGACCCAGAGCCACAGCGGGCAGCUGCAUCCUCCGGCGGGGAGCAUGAUGGCGCGGGUGGACCGGCUGGACCUGGUGGUGGGGUACCUCGAGGAGAUGCGCCACCACGGCGGCAGCGCCAGGUCCUCCACCUCGCCCUCGACGCCCACCACGUUCUCUUCCUCGUCCCCGACCACGCCCCGGUCGACCGGCCGGUGCAGGCCGGCGGAGGAGCUGCUCCGGGAGACGAAGGCCAAGGGCAGCCUCGUGGAGCGCAUAGCGUUCCUGGAGAACCGGGUGCUCAGGAUGGAGGAGGACCGCAUGUUGGCGUCGAGCAUGAGCAUGGAGAUCACGCCGGAGAGGACGAGCAGGUUCAGUAGCAGUAUGAACAGCGGCGGGAGUGGGACUGGGAGCGGGAGGAAGAAGAAGGGGCUGAAGAGCCUGGUCAAGUCGUGCGUCAGGGGAGGCGCCAAGCUCAAGACCAAGGACUAG